AUGACAGUGAAUGAAAGCAACCAAAGCUUCAAGCUAGAAAACCUGUUUAAUGUGAAGGACAAAGUGGCCCUCAUCACAGGCGGCGGCUCAGGAAUAGGCCUAAUGGCAGCGCAAGCGCUAGCCGUGAACGGCGCCAAAGUAUACAUAACCGGACGCACAGCAAAGAAACCCGACCGCGUAGCCACACUCUACGACAACAACGAAAUAAGCGGUAAAAUAAUCCCCCUCCCAGGCGACGUAACCAACAAAGACGAAAUCCGCAGACUAGUCUCCGAGAUCUUCACGCGCGAAGGCCACCUCUCAAUCCUGAUGAACAACGCUGGGAUAUCCAGCUCAAUGCAAAAAACCGAGCCAGAAGAUGCAUCAGAGCUCUGCGAGUCCCUCUUCGACAACCCAGCCGCGACAUUCGAGGAAUGGGAGUCUGUAUUCCGCACGAAUGUCUCGCAGCUCUUCUUUAUGACAACGGCAUUCCUGCCGUUGCUGCAGCGCGGCUCGGAGGUUGAUCAUGGUUGGUCCAGCACUGUUCUCAAUACAACUUCCAUAUCUGGGAUUGUGAAGAUCUCGCAGCACCAUUUUGCGUAUAAUGCUUCCAAGGCGGCGGCGAUUCAUUUGACCAAAAUGCUUGCGCACGAGAUUAGUUCGUCGAAGCUGCGGGUUAGGGUUAAAUUGCUCCUGGGGUUUUUCCUAGUGAGAUGA